CCCAAAUCCGAGGAAUAUGGCGAAAGUGGAGCAGGUUCAGAGCCUAGAGCCGCAGCAUGAGCUCAAAUUCAAAGGUCCCUUCACAGAUGUUGUCACCACCAACCUAAAGCUUGGCAACCCUUCUGACCAAAAUGUGUGUUUCAAAGUGAAGACUACUGCACCCCACCGGUACUGUGUAAGACCCAAUAGUGGAAUUAUUAAUGUGGGAACAUCAAUCAAUGUGUCUGUGAUGCUACAGUCUUUCGAUUAUGAUCCUAAUGAGAAAAGUAAACACAAGUUUAUGGUUCAAUCUAUGUUUGCUCCAACGGUCACCUCAGAUAUGGAAGCACUAUGGAAGGAGGCAAAGCCAGACGAUCUUAUGGAUUCUAUGAACCUUCCUUCUUACUGUCAUAAUAGUGAUAUAUUUUUAAGCAUAUUAACUACUUUAGGUAUCUUGAGUACCUAA